GCAGUGCACUAUCACAAUCACAAAUACAAGCUGUCUGGCAAAUUGCUUAUCGUCAUGGAAGACGAUCCGAACUCGGGACUAGACAUGGAAGAGCGCACGUACAUUGCCCUGCACGAUGCCAUGAUGAAGAUGUACGCCAACCACGACGGUAGAGGCUGCUUCAGGCUUGCUGCGCAGCUCCUCACGAAAGCAAAUCUCCCAGCACUUAUUCGAGCUCGGUGCUACAUGAUGCUUUCUCUAAAGUACGGGCCACUCGCUGUACAGUAUGCUGAGACAGCUGUGGCGCUGCUCGACGUUGAGGUUCGCAAGUUGCUACGUCCAGAGGCAUUCCCUACCAUACAGCUCGAGCUAGCGCUUGAGCUCCUGGAAGACGCGAAAGCAAGGGCACUUCCGGCGAGUGCACCUCUGGAAGCUUCGCCGCCUGAAGCUGGAAAGACAGCAUCGAAGGCCGACGAACUAGCUCUCAAGGAAGCUGCUACUUUGCUGCCGUCGCCUGCUACUGAGCAGCAUGGUCUGGUUAUGUCAGGUGUGUCAAGGACUACUUCAACACAACAGCCUAUGGUGAUGAGACAGCACGGCACUGAUCCUCCCUACCAAGUACACUUCCCUCCAAACGCCUCGACACAUUCCCUUCUCACCCCACAGGAAGCCCGCAAGGACAAGACAGAAGAGUAGAACGCGCGGUGGAAAUCGGGGAACACGGGCGGAUGUCGGGUAUGGAUUUGGGAUUCUGACAGACUCGAUCGAUUGAUCGGUU